GGAUCUUGGCAUCAACAAUCUCACGGGCUCCAUUCCCGACAGUAUCUCUGCCCUCACGGCACUUACAUACCUGGAUCUUUUCACAAACAAUCUCACAGGCUCCAUUCCCGAGAGUAUCUCUGCGCUAAAGGCACUCGAAUUCCUGGCUCUUGAAUGCAACAAUCUCACGGGCUCCUUUCCUGACAGCAUAUCCGCUCUCACGGCUCUCACAAAUCUGUACCUUAAUAGUACCAAGCUCACAGGCUCUAUUCCCAACAGCAUCUCUGCGCUCACGGCACUCGAAUACCUGAGUCUUAGCUAUAACAGUCUCACGGGCUCCAUUCCUGACAGCAUCUCUGCGCUCACGGCACUCAAAUUGUUAGAUUUGAAGUACAACCAACUUACCGGGCCUAUUCCAGCCGCAUUUGGGAGUCUUUAUGGACUGCAAACCAUGAAUAUUGAUGGCAACGACGUCACUUGUCCUGCUGACAACGCUAGCUGCGGCCAAACCCCAGUGGCACAGGCGGGCUUAUGCUGGAAGUGUGACACCUUCACCUUUUGUAUUACAUGCCAGCGACCAACAGGUUUAUUCGGAGGUGCAUCUGGAGGUGGAGCCGGAACUCCCUACUCCCCUUCUGCCUCACCGCCACCACCUAAGCCUAUUG